AAAACUUUAUACUCGUGGCCAUCAAUGUUCAUUGUUGUCAUUCUCCUUGAAGUUUUGCUCAAUCUUCCUUGAUUUCUCCCUUAACAAGAAACAUUAAAAAAGAGAUUAAUUAGUCCAAUAUCAUGGCCUUAUGUGACUUAUAUAUAGGAAGAAAUAAAAUGCACUGCUUUUAUCCUCUGUCAUCAAAAUUUUGAGUGAAUUCUCCAAGAAUUCAUAGAGCCAGAACAUGUGGAUAUUUGGAAGAAAAGGACCAUCUGGAUUCUCAGCUUGUUCAACAGCUGAGGAAGUUACUCAAGGAAUUGAUGCAACUGGCCUCACUGCCAUUGUUACAGGAGCAACAAGUGGCAUUGGUACAGAGACAACACGUGUCCUCGCCUUGCGUGGUGUGCAUGUGAUUAUGGCAGUUCGUGAUUUGGAGAAAGGCAAAAAAAUUAAAGAGAAUUUACUUAAAGCCAUUAUUCUUAAUGCUAAAAUUGAUUGUAUGGAAUUAGACCUCAGCUCUAUGGAGUCCAUAAGGAAAUUUUCCUCAGAAUAUAAUUCUGCUGGUCAUCCUUUGAAUCUUCUUAUUAAUAAUGCAGGGGUUAUGAUUCCACCAUUCACACUUUCUCUAGACAAGAUAGAAUUGCAGUUUGCAGUUAAUCAUUUAGGUCAUUUUCUUUUGACAAAUCUUUUAUUGGAAAACAUGAAAAACACAGCUCAGAAGAGCAAAAAAGAAGGAAGGAUAGUGAAUGUUGCAUCUGCAGCACAUGAUUUUGCAUAUGCUGAAGGAAUUCGUUUCGAUAAAAUUAAUGACAAAGAGAGCUACAAUAGACUACAUGCUUAUGGACAAUCAAAGCUUGCUAAUAUACUGCACACAAAUGAACUCGCAAAGUGCUUGAAGGAAGAAGGGGUGGAUGUAACUGCUAAUUCUGUUCAUCCAGGGCCAAUCGCAACCAACAUCAUGCGUUAUCAUAGUAUCCUUCAUGGAAUAGUUAACUGGAUUGGAAGAUAUGUUCUCAAGAAUAUUGCACAGGGAGCAGCAACUACAUGCUAUGUGGCUUUGCAUCCACAGGUGAAAGGGGUAAGUGGUGAGUAUUUUUCAGACAACAACAUAGCUACAACCACAACUUCUCCUGCUAAGGAUUCAGAGUUGGCAAAGAAACUCUGGGAAUUUAGCUUGAAUUUGACCAACUCCAAGUGAUUAUAUGGUUGAGGUUGACAGCAGGA